AUGCCUCUCAUUCCACCCUUUCCAUUGUCUUUUAACAAGGAGUACAUGAACAUGACUACUGGAGAUCUUGGUAAUAUUUGUUUCAUGUGUUUUAUUUUGUUUUUUAGACAUUUAUCUAUCUAGUAAAUUGGACGCCGUUAAAGGCGAAACUCCUGCGGGCUUUGUCGUACGGCCAUUGAGAUUGUCUGAUCUUGAACAUGGGUAAGAACGGUUUUUAGAUUAUAUUAUUUUAGGCUUUAGAAAAGGUUUUUUAAAACGUAGAGCAAUCAGAUGGUUUUUAUAAGGAAAAAUAUUAUUUUAUAGCCUUAUUUGCUUAAAAAGUUGUAGUUUUAUAUUUUAUUAAGGAUUUCGUAUUUUUAUAAAUAUCAUUUUAUGUUUUCUAACUAAUUUAUGUUAUCUUAGCUAUCUGGACUUAUUGUCUCAAUUGACCGAAGUUGGUGAUGUCUCUGAAGAAAAGUUCAAGCAUCGAUUCUUGUGUAUGGCCUUUUCUAAUCCCCAGUCUUACUAUGUAACCGUUAUUGAAGAUGAAGAGUGAGUUGCUAUUAUGUUUUUAACGUUUAGGGCUGAAUUGUAUUAUAGUAUCUGCAAAACCCUUGAUUAUCAUUUGAUUUUAUAAUAACUAUAAGUUUUUCAAAAACGAACAUCUUAUAUAAAUAAUACAUUUAAUAAAAUGUCUAUAUUGUCUAGGACCAAAAAGGUAGUUGCAUCGGUCUCCUUGGUUUUCGAAUGGAAGUUUAUUCAUCAAGCUGGCAGUCGUGGUCGUAUCGAAGAUGUUGUUGUUCAUUCUGAUUACAGAGGAAAGGGAUUUGCCAAGAUUUUGAACGAGAUGGCGGUGAAAUUGGCUAAGAAUGAAGGAGUCUACAAGCUGUCUUUGGAAUGCACUGAUGAACUUGUGCCAUUUUAUGAGAAGUUUGGUUACAAGAAGAACCAAAACUUCCUCGUUUUGAGAUUCUAA